AUGUGGCGCCCCAGUGGAUUAUCAACUGUUUUCCUGGCAACAUGCCUAGGUGUGGCUCUCUUGAGCACAACCACCAAUGCCGAGUUCGACUUCCCGGCUGCAAACCUGAGGUCUAUUCAACGCCAUCUCGUCCGCAUGGGCGAAUUUUUCCCCGUGAACCGGCCCGGUGAAGGCGAUGAAGGCUUCGAUGGAGCUCGACCUGAGAACCCGGAAGGUGGUGCAAUUUCAAAAUUCGCCUUUUCAAACAUGCCUUCUCUCCUCGGAGCCGUCUACCUGUUCUCUGCCGUCUGUUUCAUUCUUUGUCUGAGAGGCCUAAGCACACCCCAGACAGCGAAGCGCGGGAACAUCCUUGGUCUUGUGGGCAUGGUUGCCGCCGUUGUAGUCACCUUCACGGAGGCAGGAUUCGGUCAACACUAUCUGCUAUUCUUCGCCACAGCUGCACCUGCAGUUGGUUUGGGCUUAUACAUUGCCCAAUCAGUAAACAUGACCGAGAUGCCUCAACUUGUGGCGCUUUUCCACAGUUUUGUCGGUCUCGCUGCCGUGAUGGUUGGAUUCGCCAAUUUCCACUCCCCCGCCGGAGUCGAGAGAGCCUCUUCUCUCCUUCGUCUGUUGGAGGUUUAUGUUGGAGUUUUUGUUGCUGGCAUCACCUUCACAGGAUCCGUUGUGGCUGCCGCUAAGCUCCAUGGAUCAAUGGAGAGCCGCUCCCUGAGAGUCCCCGGCCGUCACGCACUAAAUUCUGCCACCAUUGCUGCUAUCGGCGUGCUUGGCGCUCUUUUCUGCGUUUCGUCUGGCCACUUCACCCGGAUGCUUUGCCUUUAUGUCAACGCUGGCCUGAGCAUGUGGCUCGGUUUCCACCUAGUCGCCGCCAUCGGUGGCGCUGACAUGCCUGUCGUGAUCAGCUUGUUGAACUCGUACUCCGGAGUGGCACUCGCUGCCAGUGGUUUCAUGUUGGACAACAACCUGCUGAUCAUCGCUGGUGCUCUCAUCGCCUCGUCCGGUGCCAUCCUGUCCUACAUUAUGUGCAAGGGCAUGAACCGGAGUCUCUGGAAUGUUGUCCUUGGAGGCUUCGAGGAGGCAGAGGGAGUCGGUGCAGCUGCCCCACAGGGCGCUGUUCAACAAGCCAAUGCUGAUGAGGUCGCUGACGAACUUUUGGCUGCCCGGAAGGUCCUGAUCGUGCCUGGAUACGGAAUGGCAGUUGCAAGGUGCCAGAGCGAGCUCGCUGACAUUGCGAAGAACCUGAUGAACUGUGGCAUUACUGUUGAUUUCGGCAUCCACCCAGUCGCCGGUCGCAUGCCAGGCCACAUGAACGUCCUGCUGGCCGAGGCUGAUGUCCCCUACAAAAUCGUCAAGGAGAUGUCUGAAGUUAACCCUGAAAUGAGCUCCUACGACGUUGUCCUCGUUGUUGGUGCUAACGAUACCGUCAACCCUGCCGCUCUUGAGCCAGGAUCAAAGAUCUCCGGCAUGCCAGUCAUUGAGGCAUGGAAGGCCAGACGCGUAUUUGUCCUGAAGCGCUCCAUGGCAGCUGGAUAUGCUAGCAUUGAGAACCCGCUCUUCCACCUUGAGAACACCCGCAUGCUCUUUGGAAAUGCCAAGAACACAACUUCUGCUGUGUUCGCCCGUGUCAACGCGAGGGCUGAACAAAUGCCUCCCUCCGCUGCUCGCGAUGAUCUCGAAGCUGGCCUCCUCGAGUUCGAGAGAGAUGAGCGCGCGGACCCAUCGUCAUGGCCUUAUCCCAGAUUGGCUGUUGGUGUUCUCAAGGAUUCCAACGGUUCAGUCAUGGUGCCCAUUGCCCCGAAGUUUGUUCCAAGGCUCAGAAAGAUGGCAUUCCGUGUCAUCGUCGAGUCCGGUGCUGGCGCGAAUGCUGGCUUCAGUGACGAAGAGUACAGAAGAGCUGGAGCAGAGAUUGCGUCCAACGCCGAUGCAGUCAUCAACGGAGCUGAGGUGCUGCUCCGCGUGUCAGCCCCAACACCGGAAAUGGUCUCCCGCAUGCCCAGAGACAAGGUGCUGAUCAGCUACCUCUUCCCCAGCGUCAACACGCAAGCAUUAGACAUGCUUGCACGUCAAGGAGUCACAGCCCUUGCUGUGGACGAAGUGCCACGUGUCACCAGAGCACAAAAGCUAGACGUUAAGUCUGCGAUGCAAGGCCUCCAGGGCUAUCGCGCAGUCAUUGAAGCAUUCAACGCACUCCCAAAGCUCAGCAAGGCGUCCAUCAGCGCUGCUGGCCGUGUUGAGGCUGCCAAGGUUUUCGUUAUCGGUGCCGGUGUUGCCGGUCUCCAGGCUAUUUCAACUGCCCAUGGUUUGGGUGCACAAGUUUUCGGUCAUGAUGUGCGCUCCGCAACACGCGAGGAGGUCGAAUCUUGUGGUGGAAAGUUCAUUGGCUUGAGAAUGGGGGAGGAAGCUGAAGUUCUCGGAGGCUAUGCACGCGAAAUGGGUGAUGCGUACCAGAGGGCCCAAAGAGAGUUGAUUGCAAACACAAUCAAGCACUGUGACGUUGUCAUAUGUACCGCUGCCAUCCACGGAAAGCCUUCUCCGAAGCUUAUCUCACGCGACAUGCUGCGCUCAAUGAAGCCUGGCUCUGUCAUUGUGGACAUUGCAACUGAAUUCGGCGAUACGCGCUCUGGAUGGGGAGGAAAUGUUGAGGUUUCCCCCAAGGACGACCAGGUCGUGGUCGACGGCAUCACUGUCAUUGGACGCAAACGCAUUGAAACCCGCAUGCCAGUCCAGGCUUCAGAGCUGUUCUCCAUGAACAUCUGCAACCUUCUCGAAGAUCUAGGUGGCGGCAGCAACUUCCGCGUCAACAUGGACGACGAAGUUAUCAGAGGAUUGGUUGCCGUCUAUCAAGGCCGCAACGUGUGGCAGCCCCCCCAGCCAACGCCCGUCUCAAGAACGCCCCCACGCGUGCCGAUGCCAUCUGCGCCAAGCGCAGCUCCUGCAAAGGCUGGAGGUGCUUUUGCACAAGCCCUUGCAUCAGAUGCAUUCUUUGCCAUGUGCCUGGUUGUUGCCGCUGCCGUGGUGGGGCUUCUUGGCAUUGUCCUCGACCCCAUGGAGCUCAAGCACUUGACCUUACUCGCUUUGUCUCUCAUCGUCGGUUAUUACUGCGUCUGGGCCGUUACACCUGCCCUGCACACGCCACUGAUGUCCGUAACAAACGCUCUGUCAGGAGUUAUCGUCAUCGGCUGCAUGCUAGAGUACGGCACUGCAUUAAUAUCUGGUUUCACUCUUCUUGCUCUUGUUGGAACCUUCCUGGCUUCCGUCAACAUUGCUGGUAAGAUGGGUGUCUCAAACGGAAAAAUGACAAAUAGUUGCUAA